CCCCCACCACUCUCUCUCUCGCCGUCUCUCUCUCUCUCUCUCUUCCUCCCUUGCUCACUCGCCCUCACUGAGAACUCCUCUGCCAUCCAUCAACACGAGCGGCUCUCCACUGUCAGCCGACAAGCACACAAUUAUCGGCUAUUUAAUAUUUCAACAGCUGCCCAAGAAUUACUCGCACGUUCUCGCCACAUCGUUGCUCUCCCACCCCCUUCUGCCACAUGUUUUUUUUUUUUACAAAUUUUUUGGCAUGUCCUCAAGCUUUUUUUGUCUCCUUUUUUAUUUUUUAUUUUGAAUCUCAGCAGGAUGUUUUUGCAAGAGCAUCAUCAGGCGUUGACUGCCGGCGGUAGACUUCUUUGAGCGGGUAAAUAUUUCACGAGUGGCGGCGAGAAGCGGCACAAACACAAAAAGUGAAGCCUUCCGACGCGACUGUCAGAGGGUGUAUACGAGGGCAUCGAGUGAAGGUGGACGAUGGCUGCCAUGACGACGGUACCCAGCUAUACCCCUUCGCUGUGGGUGCGUAUGUGUCACGCUCUCCCUCGGCUGGACCUCACCAUGCAGAUGAGGGACAACCUCUUUGCCCCUGACAGCUGGGAGUACCAGCAGACUCUGCUGGUUUUGUCCAGCAUAUCGGCCAUCGCCCUCGUUAUCUCCCUCUUGGUGGUCCUGUCCUUCCUCAUCCACUAUUGCUGCUGUCACCGCGGCGACCGCGGCGAGGGAUCUGAGGAAGAGGAGGAGGACGAAGAUGGCAGCACGGGUCACGGCUACAGCGGCAAGAAGGGGGGCCGAGGGAUCUGCUGCGUCACGUGGGUGGCCGUGGCGUCGGUCACGCUGUGCUGUGUUGCCAUAGGCAUCGGUUUCUAUGGCAACAGCGAGGCUAAUGAUGGGAUGUAUCAGUUGACCUCGUCUCUUCUCACAGCCAAUUACACGCUAGCUUCCAUCGAUUUGCUGAUUUCGGAUACAAUCAAUGGUCUGCAGCUGUCCGUCUCGGGCCCGCUGACCACAAUGGAGGAGAUGUUUACGGGCAGCAAACCCUUCCUGGUUUCCACGCGGAACUGCCGGCGGUUAUCCGAGAACGUCAUCAACCUCCUCUCCUCCAUCUCUGCGGCUCGCUCCGGCUUGGACGCGGGGCCGGGGAAUGACAGCGGGGUCAGCGGGGCCUCCAUUAUCCCUCUGACCCCGGUGCCGCCCUCGGCGGCCCCCACGGUGGCGCCGUCCGGCGGCCUGAUGCCCGGCCCCUUUUCACCUGGCUGGGCGGCCAACACCUUAAUGAUGAAUGAGGACUACAGGUGGUUGUCAUACGUCAUGCUGCUACUGCUGGACCUCAUCGUGUGUCUGUUCAUCCUGCUCGGACUGGCCAAGCAAGCACGAUGGCUGCUUAUUUUGAUGACGGUGCUGGCGUGGCUGGCUCUCUUCCUAAGCUGGGGCUCGCUGGGCUUGGAGACGGCCACCGUGGUGGCCCUCAGCGACUUCUGCACCGAUCCAAACAUGUUUGUGCUCAACUCCACAAACUUCAACACGGGAACCAGCUCAGAUGUGCUGGAUUAUUACCUGACGUGCAGCCGACGCAUGAACAGUCCGUUCCAGCAGCUCCUCACCCAGUCACAGAGGGCGCUGUCCAAUAUCCACACACACCUUUCUAGCGUGCAACGUAACGCCCUCACACCGUUCCCCAAAGCCGAGAAAUCACUCAGGGAUGUUCAACAGAUUCUCAACAGCACGGAGGGCAACUUCCAUCAGCUGGUGGCGCUGCUCAACUGCCGAGGCCUCAACAAGGACUACAUCGACUCACUGAAAGGCCUGUGCUAUGACGGGAUGGAGGGGCUGCUAUACCUCUCCCUAUACUCGUUCCUCUCGGCUUUGGCCUUCACGGCCAUUCUUUGCUCUCUGCCCGGUGCCUGGAGGAGUUUCCCAAGUGAUUCGGAAGAGUACGAGGACUCGGACAGCGAGAGUGAGGACCCCUUCACUUCCCAUCAGGCACGUAGACAGACGGCCUCGGGGUCUCAGCGCGGGGCCAUGGCCCCCUUCUAUAAUUACCCGGGGGCCGGGUGGACACCCCCCUUUUCUAGCGCGCCGCCCCUCCCGACUCCAAACGUUUCCUCCAAUGGCAACCCUGGCUAUGAGAGCCUCCCCUUGACUGACAGGCAGUCCCCACCCCCCUCUUACUCUCCCAGCAUGCUGACUGGUUACGGGGGAAGUCAAUCGCACCCUAACCCCGCCCAUUCGAGGAACCUGUAUUCACGUUGAUAACUAUUUUUUCUUUUUUAGGAAAUGUAUAGAUAGAAGAAGAAAACAAAUGUUUAGUUUUCAUAUGAAUGGACACUUUAAAAGGAACGGAAACUAAUUUUAAAGAAGCAAAACGAUGGCUUUAGUGUUGCGUAUAAUGAGGCUAUCACAGAAGUGUAUUAUUCUGACAAUUCUGAUGAUUAGAAGCACUUAUUAUAAAAAAAAAAAAAAAAUGGAGCAGGACUAAAAAUGACUGUGGGCACGCCGGUAGGAUGUGAAAGCAAACCCUCCCCCUUGUUUGUCCAAACUGUGUAAGCUGUGAACAGUGGUGAGGCACGUGGAGAAUGUUAUUGACGUGACUACAUGAUGUAGUUUUUAUAUUCUUCAAUGUAUCACCCGUUUAUUUGAAAGUUGUUUUAUAUACAUAUAAAUAUAUAAAUAUGAAACUGUUGUAGAAAAAAAAAAAAGCACUGGCACGUAGCAACAAAGCACAUUUUUUUUUCUGUCAAUGGUUAUGCAGUUCCCCCUCACUUGCUAUAUAUUUUUUAUUAUUACUUUUUAUAGGUGGUAAUUAUGUAUUUUCUGUGUAUUACCUGAAUGGUAUUGAGUAUAUCUCACUGUCUAUAUAUCGGAAGAAUAAUCAUUUCUCUUUUUAAAAAAAAAAAAAUAAUAAUAAUCACCACGGUUGAGGGCUACGAGACCCUUCUUUGAAUGGAGAACCCUUAAAGAACAGCAGCGACAGCGGGUACAGAGCAAUAAAACUAAUGUACAGUGGAUAUAGAAAGUCUACACACCCCUUGUUCAAAUGCCAGCUUUUUGCCAUGUAAAACAAAAAAAAAAUAAGACAAGAUAAAUCAGUUUAAAAAAAGAGAGAGCUGUGUACUGUAUAUCCGAAUUAGGGUGUGCACAUUUUUGCAACCACACAAUGUCUUUUGGUUUUGCUUACCCUCCCAAUCAGAUUUCGCUUUGGCCACAAUGGUGGUCAAAGUUUCAAAAAGGAUUUAUUUUGCACUCAUUUUUAUUUUUUUAAGAUCACAAAAGCCUGCCAUUUGAACAGGGGUGUGUAGACUUUUUCUAUAUCCGCUGCAGAGCACAGCGUUGGGUCUCCGCAAUUGUUUUUUUUUUUGUGCGUGCGUGUGUGUGUAUAUUACGGUAUGUUGGAGAUUUCAUUGAGUCCUCCUCAAGCCCUCCCACUCGACCGUGUUAACCCCCCCCAACUGAGUUUGUACUCUCAAUGCUCCUUUUGAAUGGCAUCCUUUUACACUCAAGAGUCUAAUAUGAAUAACAGUAAUAAAAAAAAAUGUAACAAUAACCUC